AUGGAAAGCUCUGGGACACCUUGUUCUUCUGUCACCAGGAGAAGCUCUUCUUCCCACAGACAUCUAUACCGUAAAGCCAAGGAGAAAGGGAAGACGCUGCUUAUAAAUAUUGAAGAGGCAGGGCGAGUGUGCAUGGAGCAUGAGAGGAGACUUCAGGACAAGCCAGAUGUGAACAAGGCCACGUGCAGUAUGUUUUCUGCGCUGAGCAGAUGGCAUGUCCCUUACUGUGUUCAACCUGCAGGCAAGAGUUGGCUCACUCUGCUGCUCCACACAGCCUGCCCUUUCCUCAGUUCCUGUUUGGACACCACAUCCAAGCACAAAGCCAAGGCAGAAGCAAUGACCCUGGAUCUCGCUCUGCUCCAUAGCGUGCAGCAUUUUGCUGAAGCGUUCAAGGCCAAGAAUGUGUCUCUCCAUGUGCUUGUGUGCAAUGCAGCAGCUUUUGCUCUGCCCUGGAGCCUCACAAAAGACGGCCUGGAGACCACUUUCCAGGUGAACCACCUGGGCCACUUCUACCUUGUGCAGCUCUUGCAGGAUGUGCUAUGCCGCUCGGCCCCUGCCCGUGUCAUUGUGGUCUCCUCUGAGUCCCACAGAUUUACAGAUAUUAGUGAUUCUUCAGGACAACUUGACUUUAGCCGUCUGUCUCCAUCACAAAAUGAUUACUGGGCCAUGCUGGCCUAUAACCGGUCCAAGCUCUGCAAUAUCCUCUUCUCCAAUGAGCUGCACCGUCGCCUCUCUCCACGUGGGGUCACAUCGAAUGCAGUGCAUCCUGGAAAUAUGAUGUACUCCUCCAUUCAUCGCAGCUGGUGGGUGUACACGCUGCUGUUCACCUUGGCGAGGCCAUUCACCAAAUCCAUGCAACAGGGGGCUGCCACCACUGUGUACUGUGCUGCCGCUCCAGAGCUGGAAGGCCUGGGAGGGAUGUAUUUCAACAAUUGCUGCCGCUGCCUGCCCUCCCCCGAAGCUCAGAGUGAAGAGGUGGCCCGGGCCCUGUGGGCACUCAGUGACAGGCUGAUCCAAGAACGACUGGGCAGCCCGUCCGACUAGCAGGAGCCACGCAAGGAUGGGUGCACCUGUGUGUGCGCCAGUGAUCACCACUGCCAACGUUGGACCCCUGCCGACCUUACCACCCUCAGGUGUCCACUUCUGUCCACUGCAGAUCCAAAAGAGUCAAGGAAGUAAGAGCAGUUGCAACAAAUUGAAAAAUGUCAAGUACAAUGGGGAGCAGGGAAUUGUAGUUCUUAAGGGGCAAUGCCACUUUUCCGGGGCUAGGUUAGGCAUAGGUCCUUUUGCUUUCUGGUGGUGGCCUGCUUAAAAUUAGAAGCUCAGUUGGUAUGUGGGUUCCUUCCCUCAUUGUAGAAGCACAAGAAGCCAGUUUUUCUCACUCUUAGAAUAGCCCGUUGCCCCCUUGGCUCACCAAGUACCGCCAUUGCCAUCACAGGCUGGCCUCCCAUUUAAGAGGGAAAAACAAAAGGCAAGUUGUUACCUUCCUUGCUGCCUUGAUCCAGAAGGUCAUUGAUUCAUUCAUCCCAAUAAACUCUGAGCAGGCUUGGCGACUCCUGGGAGAGACUCGUCGAACCCAUUCCACUCCACCAAGAUAGCAGUGACACCCAGAGGUGGAGUGGUGUGGAGAGGUUUGGUGGGUGCCAGAGCGCUGGCCAUUGACCCCCUU